UUCCGGCGGCGAGUGAGCGAGUAGCUUUACGUGCGGUGCGACGGCAACGGCGGCGCGCGUCUUCCUCCUUUUCCUACCGCGGGGCCAGAGUCCCUGAGGGAGUCCAGCUGCGCUUAAGUCUGGCCGGCGCGAUCUGUCUCCGCAAUGCCCCCCAAGAAACAGGCUCAGGCCGGGGGCAGCAAAAAGGCGGAGCAGAAAAAGAAGGAGAAGAUUAUCGAAGACAAAACUUUUGGUCUGAAGAAUAAGAAAGGAGCAAAGCAACAGAAGUUUAUCAAGGCUGUCACUCAUCAAGUUAAAUUUGGUCAACAGAAUCCACGUCAGGUAGCACAAAGUGAAGCUGAAAAGAAGUUGAAGAAAGAUGACAAGAAAAAAGAAUUACAAGAGCUAAAUGAGUUGUUCAAACCUGUAGUUGCUGCUCAAAAAAUAAGUAAAGGUGCAGACCCCAAAUCUGUAGUAUGUGCAUUCUUCAAGCAAGGACAAUGUACUAAAGGAGAUAAGUGUAAGUUCUCUCAUGACUUGACUCUGGAGAGAAAAUGUGAAAAGCGAAGUGUUUACAUUGAUGCAAGAGAUGAAGAGCUUGAAAAAGAUACUAUGGAUAAUUGGGAUGAGAAAAAACUGGAAGAAGUUGUGAACAAGAAGCACGGUGAGGCGGAAAAGAAAAAACCAAAAACUCAAAUAGUGUGCAAACAUUUCCUUGAAGCUAUUGAAAACAACAAAUACGGCUGGUUUUGGGUAUGUCCUGGAGGGGGUGAUAUUUGCAUGUAUCGUCAUGCACUUCCUCCUGGAUUUGUCUUGAAAAAAGAUAAAAAGAAAGAAGAGAAAGAGGAUGAAAUUUCAUUAGAAGAUCUAAUUGAAAGAGAGCGUUCCGCCCUAGGUCCAAAUGUUACCAAAAUCACUCUAGAAUCUUUUCUUGCAUGGAAGAAAAGAAAAAGACAAGAAAAGAUUGAUAAACUUGAGCAAGAUAUAGAAAGAAGGAAAGCAGACUUCAAAGCUGGGAAAGCAUUAGUGAUCAGUGGUCGUGAGGUGUUUGAAUUUCGUCCUGAACUGGUUGACGAUGAUGAUGAGGAAGCUGAUGAUACCCGUUACACCCAGGGAACAGGUGGUGAUGAGGUUGAUGAUUCAGUGAGCGUAAAUGACAUAGAUUUAAGCCUGUACAUCCCAAGAGAUGUAGAUGAGACAGGUAUUACUGUAGCCAGUCUUGAAAGAUUCAGCACAUAUACUUCAGAAAAGGAUGAAAACAAAUUAAGUGAAGCUUCCGGAGGUAGGGCUGAAAAUGGUGAGAGAAGUGAUUUGGAAGAGGACAACGAAGGGGAAGGACAGGAAAAUGGAGCCAUCGAUGCUGUUCCUGUUGAUGAAAAUCUGUUCACUGGGGAAGAUUUGGAUGAACUAGAAGAAGAAUUAAACACACUUGAUUUAGAAGAAUGACACCAAACAAGUCAAUGAAAAAAUUGAGCCAGCUCAACAUGAGUUGAAAUUGACUACAUUAAUUUUUUUCCACCUAAAACUCUUCAACAGGAUGUUUGUUUCCCAUGCUGAUUAUGGAGGGCUUACUUCCUCCAAAAAAGGAAUAUUCUCCCUACAUCUUGUUUUCUGACUUUGGCUACAUCUCAUAGUAAGUUCAGAGUAGUUCAUGAUAAAUUAAAGAUAAGUGGUCAUUGCAGAAAAUGAUUGAUGGUUGUAAUUGUCCACUCAAGUAGGAAGUGUAAACUGCUUUUCCAGCUUUUGAUUUUCAUUGGGCAUGUGUUGUUACAAGGACAACAUAAAUUUAAAUUACCCUUCAUUUAAGGCAAUUUUUAAUGAGUGAUUCUAUUUCCUUUGUAUUUAUAUGUUCAAAAGACUGCCUAAGAUAUGAGCCUGUACUUCAUCAAGGAAACUGCAUAUGCAGAUUCAGUAUUGUAUAUCUUUGGACAAUUAGAUGGACAUUUAAAAUGAAACUUCAUUAAUCUGACAGGAACAACUGCAAUGCCCUGUGUUAAACUGUUUGAAACCACUCCCUUUUCUUUUUUGCCAAUAAAGUUGUAAAUAAAAACAGUGAUACAAUAAAUUCCAAAUACAGA